AAUGUGGACGAGAACAUUCUACUCAAUGAUGGUGGGUACACUACUGCAAUUAUUCGGCCGAGAAUUUCUACAACUGACCCAGUUAUCAAAAGAUGAUAUUACGGAUAGUUUUGAUGUUCAGAAGCUUGUCACCCAGCCACAUCGGGUGAACAUGGAUCUGCUGACGUUCAUUGCUUGGGGAAUAAUAGUCGGAAUAAUUUAUAUUCUAUCACUUCUUGCUCUCAAAUUCACAACAAUCCGAGUUAUCAUCGUAACUCUUGCGUUUAUUCCAAUUGCUCUGAUGAUCGCUUUCUUCAUUUUCCGUAUUCCACAACUCACAAAUGAACCACACAAAUCACAAUUCUUCUCUGCUUGGAAAAUUGGUGGUCAUCGUGGAAGUGCACAUGAUGAUAUACCAGAGAACAGUUUAGAGGCAUUUAGUGCUGUGAAGCGUGAGGGAGGACAAUUGGCUGAAAUGGAUAUACAGAUUACAUUGGAUGGUGUUCCAGUUAUUUGUCAUGAUGCUAACACAGUGAGAGUAACUGGAGUGGACAAAGACAUUUCUACAAUGAAUAUCACGGAAUUUCGAAAACUCCGUUUCACUGGAACAAACAUUUCUCUGCCAACAUUUGAAGAAGCCGUUUCAUAUUGCGUUGCCAAUGAUAUAAUGAUGAUUUGGGAUGUGAAGAAUGUCGAUGAGAAUCUUCUCAAACAAUUUGUGAUUCAAAUGAAAACUCAUAAUCUCUACUCAAAAGUUCUUGUUUCUGGAUUCAAUCCAAUUGAUACAUACAAAGUGAAAAUGGCGGAUCCAAAGAUUCUGACUGGAUUUACGUGGAGAAACUGGGAAUUGAGUACAACUGAUGAAGCAGCGAGGAUUCCAAGAUUUACUGGAGCAUUGAAUGCAAUUGCAAGUGUUCUUGAUGUUCUUGUUUUUGGAUUGGCACGCUCAUUAAUUAUGCCAAAGUUUUUGGGAUCCGAUGUGAUUUUUUAUCAUGUUAAUGAUAUCAGCAGUUUCCUUAAAACUGAUGCAGCAGCCAAUAACAUCUAUCUUGCUGGCUGGACGAGUAACAAUCCAACGGAACAAGUAUGGCUUCGUGAUUAUCUCAAUGUUCCAUUUCUCACUGACAAUGUUGGAACUGUUCCACACUAAUCGGGUUACUGUAGCUACAGUACUACUUAAUGUUUUACAAAAUUAAUGGGUUUUCCUUGUCAUUAAUAUAUUUGCAUUCCGAAGAUUGUAUCAAUCUCAUUUCAUCUCGUAGUUACUUUUAUGUCUUUUUGUAGAUUUUUCAUAUUGUAUCCUGCAUAAUUGUUUUGAAAUAUGAAGAAUUUCAAUUGA